AUGAAUACAACAGAAAAAGAUUCUACAACACUCAAGCCAAAAAGAACAUGCAAAUACAAUAUAGAAGACAAAUUAGAUUAUUAUGCCGCUUUAAAAAGAACAUUUACAAAGCACCAAUAUAUAUUGAAUAAUUUGAAUAAAAAUAAUCAACUCAAAGAACUAGCAUCGAAUAUUUUUAUAAUUCGAGCCAUCCACGAGCUUAGUCAGAAUGAAAAAAAGGACAUGCUGGAUACCGACGAGCUAACAGGCAACAAAAUGAUAAAGGCAUUCAAUGACACCGUGAAUAUCAUAGAUGACCUGUCAAUGGUAGAACACGUGCUUGCAUCACAGGAGGCCAUAGACAAGUACUAUGAGUUUCUUAAUACGUACCAUCUCUCUGAAAUGCUUAGGAUUCCUGAAGUAUUUGAGUUUCUCCUAUACGACAUGCGCACUGGCUUAAAGGACCAGCCUGACAGAGGUAGUAUAAAAAACAACAAUAUAUUCAGCUAUAAAUACCUCUUUGCAAAAGACAAAGAAGCAAGAUCUAUACUGAGCAUAGCAAUAGAAGCAAUUAGAAAAUAUGGAGGGAAUUUAGCAAUAUCCAAUGAACGGGGGGAAGUUGUACCAAAUCUUAAGAAUAUUCCAAUUACAGAAAAGGAGAUCUUUUGCCUGCAGGAGUUUCUGAGUAACACGGCUACACAGACAUUAUUAUCCCCUAUUCAAUACCUUGAAGAGAGCAUUCUAAUAAAAACAAGGGACAACAGUGGGUACCGCGGCUUUAAGCCAUUUAUUGGAGAGUUAUUCUCCUUUCUGCGGCCUGAUGGGCCUCCUGUCUGCAUUGAUACUCUGCUCACGCAGAUGUGCAACAUGGCAGAGAUAUUAAAGAGGUUUAAUGAUGAUGGAGAUAAUGCGGUCUUUGAGUGGUACAUGCACUCGUACAUCCCUAAGAUACACAACCACUUAAUAUGUACUGCAAACCAAAUGGAAAUAUGCAGCUACAAAGAGCGCAUGGAGAAUUGCCUAAUUACCAUGGCAGAAAAAGUAAAAGAAGGGGGGCUUAUUGGAAGAAGCAAAAAUGACCCGUCUUUUUUGCAUAUAUUCAUAGGAAAGCUUGAAGAGAGGGUGGCAUUUGCAGCACAUAUCAUAUCGCGGUUUGCCAGGUUCAUUUACAAUAUGGACCUUCUCCUGCUUAUUUUCCUAAUUUGCAUUAUUCUGUGCAUAUGCUCCGUGGUUCUAAUAUGCAUAUAUCCAGAGGUCCUGCAAAGAUCAUACAUAGGGCAGUAG